UGAAAUCUCGGAGAGCGAGAACACAUUACUAGGUCAUGUCGCUCUACUUUCGUUUCGCAUUUUGCAUUUAGAUUUGUUUUAAAAUAUUUUCCCCGAAAAGGAACGUAUCGUUUUUAAUAUAUUGAAACAUGGUUACGACGAUAUAAAUUGGCAUAGAUGGUUCAUAUAAAGAUUUAGUAGGUAAAUUGUCUCCUGGAUACCUCGCAAAAUCUGUUCGAAAUUUGAUGAAAAAAUUGUCGUCUGCAAUAUCCGUGACUGAAAAUUCGGGUCAAGUUUGAAAUUUGGUAAAGAUUGAAUGAACCGACUCCUCUUAGGCACAUAAGUUGAAGUAUGAUGGCUGAGCCGAGAAAUGAAUCUAGCCAUAGUAGGGAUCUAAGCACUGUGUUUUCUAUUUUAGACAGUUUGGUCAAUCAAGUUAUAACUUUUGAUAUGCCUUUAGGUAAUUCCCCAAUAACUGCAACAGAAGAUACAAUAAUUCUGACUGGACAGUGCAAUCAAAGUAUUGAAAACUUAAACGAAAAUUGCAAAAUUAUCAAGGAAACCAGUUUAGAUAUUUCAAAAGUUGGUGUUACACCAGAUGGCAUUAAUCCGACCAGCAUUUAUAUGGAAAACCAAGAACAAAAGGAAACUUGCUCACAAGAUGACUUUUUUUUACCAGAGUCAGAGAAAGAAACUUUGAUCCAUGCACUAGAUCUAAGCGCUGUAAAGUUGGUUGAAAAAUCAGAAAAGCCACUGAAUGAUCGCAAGGAAAGUGUCCAUUUUAAUUCUCCCAUCUCAGUGUUAUAUGAAUAUCAUGUAAGUCCAGUGGACGAUAAUGACACACAGAGUCUGGGAGAAAGUAAUAGAAGUGAUUCAGAUGAUACUAAUACUUCACAAGAUGCCAAAUUAGAACAAAAAAGUAGUAGUACACAGGAUGAAGACUACUGGUCUAAAGCAGUUCUAUGUAGUGAAAAAGAAAGUCAAGACAGAGAUGAUGAUAUUAAAAUGGAUUUCAAACAUUCAAAUGAUUAUUCACUCUCGAAUAUUGGUAAAUCAGAAGAAGAGAACUCAGAAGACUUAUUUGCAGCCAAUGACCCUCCAUUACAAAUUGAAGAUGAAAAUAACAUUUUGCCUUUUUUGAAAGAUGAUAAUUUCCUAGAAGGAAGUGAAAGCCAUGAAACUUGCUCAAACAAUUCUGAAAUAUUGCCUUGUGAAAAUAUGUUGUCAACAUCUGAAAUAUCUGAUGUAAAAAUUUCUUCAGCUGAGGAAACAGAACAUUUUUCACUUGUUUCUUGUGUUUCAAAUGAAGUAAAUGAAAAUCAACAUGGAAAAAGAAAGCUGACUGAAGAACUUGUCGAUGCAAGGAAAGAAUCCAAAAAAUUGAAAGCAUCACAAGAAGAACGACCAGUUUUCAAUACAUGUAAGGUGCAAAAUAAAAGGAAGCUGUUCAAAUUUAAUGAAGAAAAAGGCUUGAAAAUGGCUAAGUUGGAUUUAGAACAUGAUAAGGAUCACAAAAUUAACCCAAUGAUGCUUAAAACCAUUGUUGCUGAACACCUUUCUUGCAGUGAAGAUUAUGUUCAAUGGGCAAAUGAAAACCCUAACAAAUCUGCUUAUAUCAAAGACCAGAAACAAGAAGAGAAUAUAGUUAUGCAUGGCACAUGCUUAUCAGUAGGAAUGAAAAACAAUACCACUUUAUGUUUUGAUGGAAAUUCUUUCUCUGAAAAAAAUGAAGGAAAUCUAGAAUUUGAGGAUACAGACAAAAUCGUUUCACAAAAUACAAGUAAUGAAGUGACAAAAUUUAAUCACAAUAAUUCAGAGGAGUCCAUUGUUGGAGAAGACGAACAGGAUAAUCUGUUGUUGGAACAAUCUGACAAUUUAAAUAAAAACAUAGAAAUAAUAAGUAAAAUGAAUUUUUCAAACCAACUGAAUGUUGAAAACAAUGAAUUGUCAGAACAGGAUAUCAAUAGUAAUGAUUCAAACAAGAUUUGUUGUGAAGAAAAUUUUGGUGUAUGUUCAGUGGAUGAAAAUACUAGUGUAGAUGCAAAGAUGCAAGGAAACAAUACUUGCUCAAAUGUUAUAUUCCAAGAUGAUACCGAAGCCAAGGAGACAGAAAACUUUGAUAGAAACAAUAUUGUUCAAGCAUCUUGUGCCAAAGAUGACUCUCAGUCAAUUGAUCAAUUACUUGGCACUGUAUCUGUAGUUGGAAGCUUAGAUGUUACUGAAAAUGGAGCUUCUGAAGUUUUAUUAGAUGAACAAAGUACUUAUGAUUAUAAUAAAGCAGUUCACAUAGAGACAAGUAGAUAUGCAAAUGUGCAAUUAUUAACUAAAGUCAACAAUUCAACAAUGUUGAAAGAUGAAGAUGUCAAGGAAGAUAGCAUAACCACAAAUGUGGAUAAAGAUCAAAAGGUUGUCUUAGCUGAAAACAUUACAUCUCAAGAAGUUCCAAACCAGAAUAUUGAGGGCUUCAAUACUCAAUUUAUUGAAAAUGAUUUAGUGUUGAGAAACGAAUCUGAUGUCAAGAUAGAUGGCAUAGCCACAAAUGUAGAUGAAGAUCAAAAGGUUGUCUUAGAUGAAAACAUUACAUCUCGAGAAGUUCCAAACCAGAAUAUUGAGGGCUUCAAUACACAAUUUAUUGAAAAUGAUUUAGAGUUGAGAACUGAACCAGAUGUCAAGAUAGAUGGCAUUACCUCAAAUUUAAGUGAAUUUCCAAAGGUUGUCUUAACUGAAUACAUUGCAUCUCAAGAAAUUCCAAACCAGAAUAUCAAGGGCAUCAAUAAUCAGUUAAAUGAAAAGAAGUUAGUGUUGAGCGAUGAAGAUGUCAAUGAAGAUAAUAUAACCAUAAAUGCAGAUGAAGAUACAAUGAUUGUCUUAGCUGAAGACAUAACAACUCGAGUAGUUCCAAACCAGACCAUCAAGGGCAUCAAUAAUCAGUUAAUUGAAAAGAAGUUAGUGGUGAGAGAUGAAGAUGUCAAUGAAGAUAAUAUAAUCAUAAAUGCAGAUGAAGAUACAGAGAUUGUCUUAGCUGAAAACAUAACAACUCGAGUAGUUCCAAACCAGAACAUCAAGGGUAUGAAUAAUCAAUUUAUUGAAAACAAUUUAGAAUCAACGGUGGAACUUAUACACAUUGAGGAUGUCAACUUUACUUCUGAAAAAAGCAGUGGUUGUGCAGACUUUGAAAAAGAAAUUGAAGAUGUUUGUCGUAAAGACUAUACAAUUGGCAUUGGAUUAAAGUCUAUUGAUGAUUCUUGUGAAAUAAUGUCUGAGUCUGAAACCACAAUUAACCACAAAAGUAGUGGGUUUGAAAUUGUGAAUGAACAUAUUGAAACCAGAAAUUGUCAAAAUGAACUACCUGCAACUGGUGUUGAAAACAUCAAACAUGGCAAAUGUCUGGAUAGUGAACCAUAUAAAAACCAAUGUACAAAUGUAAAAGAGAGCAUCUCCAGGCAGAUGUUUGAUGAUUUUACAGAAAAGUAUGAUUUGAAUAAAGUAGCAGAUAUGAACUCACCAGAUGUUUGUGAGUUUAUGUCAGCAGCACAAGUGCUAUCACAGUCAUCCCAGUGUAGUGGCAGCACUGGUUUUGUAGUACAAUCCAAUACACAGUGUGCAUCAGAGGAUGCAGAAAGCCAGGAAUCUCUUAAAUACAUGUAUAUUACAUUUUCAAAACCAGAUAUAUGUGCUGAUACAAACAUAACAGAAAGUUGGUUGAAUGAAAAAGGUGAUGCAUUUGAAUCAAAAUCUGGCGAUGAGCUGAACCAAACAAAUUUUGAUGUAGCAAAUGAGAAGAAAAACUAUGAAAGUUCAUUUCAUGAGCAUAAAAGGACAUUAUUAUUAGAGUGUGGAGAUGAGGGUUUAGUUAAAGAAAUUGUUCAUAGCUGUUCCCAGAGCAAUGUGCAUGAAGGCAUGGCUGACUAUUGUUCCAGAGUCAAAACUGACAUGAUUAAUCAGGAUGAGCAGCUAGAUAUAGAGAACCUUGAUUUGUACAUUGAGAAAGCUGUGGACCAGCUUGUACCAGACCAUGACAUGACUGCCUCUCCAGAACAGAAUCCAUCACACACUGAUGAUGAACCAUCACUGUAUAUGAAGCAGUCAGAUAAGAAAGUGCACAUGUAUGCCUGUGAUGCUGACCUCCAUGAUGACUCUGAUACCCCAGUGUGCUCCCCUGUAGAAAAAACAGCAGCCAAGAGCAGAGAGAGCUGUUUUCAGUGGAAGUAUACCCCCUCAUGUGAUCAGAGUCCCGAGUCUGGGGUUCCGGAGCUACCAGACGAGGACCACAUUGUGAGGAUCACUCCUCUAAAUUCCUGCUCUAAACCUCUGAGACUGGGCCUCUCCAAGCGUCAAACAGUGCACAGCCUGCAUAAAAUCAGUGUUCACAGAGUCUAUCCUUAGACUGAAGUGUUCAGACUUGUAUUGUUUUUCUUUGUUUGAAUGUACAUACAUUUUUAAAGAAAACUGAAAUGUUAAAAAACUUUCGACUAAAGUGUUCAGACUUGUAUUGUUUUUCUUUGUUUGAAUGUUGAUACAUUUUCAAAGAAAACUGUAAUGUUAAAAAACUUUUGACUGAAGUGUUCCGACUUGUAUCGUUUUUCUUUGUUUGAAUGUACAUACAUUUUCAAAGAAAACUCAAAUGUUUAAACUGUUAUUUGUUUUUUCCAAUCACAUACCUUACUUUUCAUGUUACAUAUGGUGUUUGUAUCAGUGUACUUGUAGUUUACAGAUCAGUAAAUAAUUGAUAUGUUUUAAGUAGCAUUUAAUGGCCAGCGCAAGUCAGAUUGUUGAAACUGUCUUGUUAAUGUUUGAACAAGUGACAUUAUCAACGUUAAUGACACUUUUAUGUGUUUUAUAAUGUAUGUAAAAGUGUACUUGCAGAUCAUUUUCAGUAAAAAUGUAAAUGCACACAGUUGUAUUCUUUAGCUGACGCACAUUGUACUCAUGGUGAGCUUUUAGGAUAUUUUUUUAAUGAAACUACAUAGGAAUUAUCAUUUGACGAACCUCUUUCAAAGCUGUUCAAUCACUUUCAAUCCAUUACAUAUGUAGGUCCCUGGAGAAAAAAAACUACCUGGUGAAAAUAUUUUUUUAUAAAGAAAUCUUUGAAACCACAAAGGUCAGAGCUAUAGUUGUUGGCGUCUUGUAGUCGGGAUAUCAUCAGCAUAUAUCAUCAUUCCAUUAAUGUUGUUUUUAUUUGCAACAUCCAUAGCACUUUUUUUUCUAAUGUGUCGUCAACUGUCAUUUGCACCCCAUUUUCCUUUUGUUAAAAUUCAUAAUUACAAUCUUAACACUAAUUAAUUGUUUUUUAAAUCUGAUAGCCAUUGUGUAAUGGCCACAGGUGCAUCAUGUAUAGUUAAAAUAUAUACAUGUAGUUUUAAAUGUUAUAAUCCAUUACUUUUAUUGUUAAACUUCUAGAAGAAGUUGGUUGUUAUGUUAACAUUACUUCUUUGUUAAACAUUUAUGAGAUGUUGUGAUUAUGUUUACAUUACUUAUAUUGUUAAACGUCUAUGAGAUGUUGGUUGUUAUGUUUACAUUACUUAUAUUGUUAAAUGUCUAUGAGAUGUUGGUUGUUAUGUUUACAUUAAUUAUAUUGUUAAACGUCUAUGGGAUGUUGGUUGUUAUGUUUACAUUACUUAUAUUGUUAAACUUCAAUUAGUUGUUGGUUGUUAUGUUAAAUUUACUUUUAUGAUGAGCCUUCUUAAUUUGCAACCAAGCAAAACUGUGAUAAAUGUUGUAAGCUGUUAACAGUGGAAUAAAGACAAUACAUGAACACAAAUGU